UGAUUUCCCACAUUAGCUUGACAACAGCUGCAUAAAGAGGGUGUCUUAAGAUAGAAGUUGAAAAUCCAGUAAAAACUAUGAUUUUUAGAGUUUUUUUACUUUUAUUCUUGUCCACGGAAUUUUCCGUAUUAGCUCAUCGAAUCCUCAUUUUGUCACCAAUCGCAUCGUACAGUCACGCCAACUUCAUAAAACCAGUGGUGAAAGGACUGGUGGAACGCGGCCAUUUCGUCACCUAUUGGAAUGGAUUGCUAUCGGAAAAUCAGGCGACGGACUUCCUUAAUCAGACAACUAAUUUACGUCUACUUUACUCACCGGAAGUGCAUGCAAUCAGCAGCGGCAAUAUCAUUGAUUUUAGUGUUCGAAAGAAACCCAACAACUUCAUAUUUGGCCUGCCAAAAAGAAUGGAGAAAUACUGUGAAACCAUCUACCGAGAUCCAGUCUUCCAUCAGCUGAUGGAUUCACAGGAGAAAUACGAUUUGAUCAUCUUGGAAGCAGCUCUAAAUGAAUGCAGUCUUCCGCUAGUCUAUAAAUUCGAUUUACCUUUUAUAUACAUCAUGGGUUCCAUGCCCCUGCCUUGGCAUCUAGAGGCCAUCGGAUCACCACUGGCCUUUGACCAUUAUCCGCAAAUCAGUUCAAACUAUGCGGAUGAGAUGAAUUUUUGGCAGCGAACGUACAACACCCUGUCCGGCAUUGUUGCCAUAUAUUACUGGCGAUGGAUGGUAAUGCCCGUGAUCGAUCGCCUGGCCGCAGAGAUGUUGCAAAUCGAAAACCUUCCAACGAUCGAAGAAAUCGAGAAACAUUAUCUGAACCUCUUGAUACUCAACACUAACAUGGGCCUUAAUUACCAGAUGGCAACAACGCCAGUAGUGAUCCAAGCUGGCGGUAUAAACCUCGGUCCGGCUAAACCGCUACCAGACGACUUGGAAACAUUUGUGAAUGGCUCCGGUGACGCUGGAUGUAUCAUCGUUAGCUUUGGUACAUAUAUAAAGAACUCUGAAAUUCCCGAUGAUGUGCGUCGCAUUUUCCUGUCGACAUUUGCCCGGUUGCCCCAACGCAUCCUGUGGAAAUGGGAAGACGAUAAAAAGAUUGGACACCGCGAAUCAAUUCCAUCUAACGUCAAAUUAAUGCCAUGGUUACCGCAAGCCGACCUGCUUGGACACCCGAAAAUGCGUCUGUUCAUCACGCACGGCGGAGUCAACAGCAUCCAAGAGGCCGUGUAUCAUAACAUCCCACUGAUAAUUCUACCCGUUUUAGUCGAUCAGCCUCUCAACGCCCAAAAAGCCCAGGAUGACGGUUAUGCCAUUCGACUCGAUUGGGACAAUUUGACAGAAGAAAUUCUAUUCAACGCCAUUGAGCAGAUCCUCACCAAUUCAAGCUACGCGGAAAAGAUGGAAAAAGUAUCGGAGUUGAUGCGCGAUCAAAUGGAAACGCCAUUGGAUCGUGUCAUUUACUGGAUUGAAUACAUUAUCCGUCACAAAGGCGCCCCCCAUCUGCGGACGGCUUCACGCAAGCUUUCUCUACACCAGCGUUUUCUCUUCGACGUGAUGCUCUUCCGAUCACAACGUCGAUUUCAGCGCUGGAACUAAAAAUUUCUAUCUUUUAUUUGAAUUGCCAAAGAGAGUAGAGCUCUAUUGUAAAACCAUCUAUCGAGAUCCCGUUUUUCAUCAGCUAAUGGCUUCACAC